AUGGAGAUCGACGCUUCCGAGGCCGGGCCCAGGGUCACCAUAAGACAAACAGAGCGCGACCGCGUGGAUUUCAUCUUGCGAGGCGUGGACCUCUCGCUAGCCAACUCGCUCCGCAGAACGAUGCUCGCCGAGGUGCCCACGAUCGCUAUAGACUUGGUCGAGAUCGACGUCAACACCUCCGUGCUUGCGGACGAGUUGCUUUCGCACCGGUUGGGAUUGGUGCCGUUGUGCAGCGAGGGCAUCGAGAACUUGCUGUACUCGCGUGACUGCACGUGUGACCAGUACUGUCCGAACUGCUCCGUGAAACUAGAGCUCACGGCCAAGUGUGACUCCGACAGCACGAUGAACGUCUACGCGUCGGACUUGGCCAAGUUCCACAACGGGUCCAGGCUUGGCGACCCUGUUGCGCGGGACGCGCAGCAGCGCGGCCCCUUGCUUUGCAAAUUGCGCAAGCACCAGGAGCUCCGUCUCACGUGUAUUGCCAAGAAGGGCAUUGCCAAGGAGCAUGCGAAGUGGUCGCCUUGCUCUGCGAUCGGCUUUGAGUACGACCCCUGGAACAAGUUGAAACACACCGACUACUGGCACGAGGUGGACGCGGAGGCGGAGUGGCCCAGGUCGGCCAACUGCGAGUGGGAGGAGGCGCCUGACCCAGAGGCGCCCUUUGAUUACAGCGCCAAGCCAGGAAACUUCUACAUGGACGUGGAGACCGUGGGCAACUUGCCGCCCAACGAGGUAGUGGUGCGCGGAAUAGAGACUUUGCAGUUGAAGCUCGCAGGCAUUGCGGUGGAGCUCAACAAGGACUCCGUCGAGGCCAACAGCACUGCAGCAGGCGGCUUCACAACGUACGGCCGCUCUCCGGGGGGCGCGGACGGCGACUCGCCUGCGAACGGGUACGCUUACGGCGAAGGUUUCGGGAACUCUGCGUGGUGA